UGAUUAUUCUUAAAGGUGACAAAAGGGACAAGUGCGAUAGUGCAAAAAAAGAAAACGUUAAGGUUUAUUGGGAUUACAUUAAUGUUUCCUAAAAUAGGCUACCAUAGAAAGAACUCCAAUAUAAAAGCUAUUUAUAUAUUUAAUAGCAAUGUGUGCAUCCAAUUUAUGUAUUUAAAAAAUGGUCCAAAAAAACAAAGUGCAUUUUAACUUGUAAUUCUCGUCGCAAGUUAAUUUGUGUGACGCUAAUAGUUUGCUGCUGUUAAAUUGCCUUCGAUGUAACAGACUUCUGAUCUGUAGCCUAUGUUUUAUGUAUUUUGUCAGAUGUUUGCAUGUUAGCUAGCUAGAUGUAAAUCUGUUCUAACAUAGUUGCAUGAAUGUAGCAAUUUUAAGAUGUAUUGUCCGUCCUCUAAUAUUUGUACAGUGUACGGGUAUGGAUACUCCCUGUAGCCUAUGAAUACCAUAGGCUAUUUGAUUUUUGUCGUGAUCUUCCCUUAUUUAUUCGUUACAUUACUUAUAAAAUUGUGACAAUUUUAUGUUCGCCGUGUGUUCUGAAACGUUUCUCACCGUUUAAAAUAUAGAAGUAUAUUUUAUUGCUUGGAUAAAAAUUAAUAAUGAGCGAAGAGCCAGACUACAUCUCCCAAUGUAAAGACAUUAUCACACUAUGAUUAUACUAGCCUGCUGAAUGAAACAAUAUUUAGCCAAGGUUUUACAUUAGUCGAAUUCGUUAUUUCAUCAAACCAGAACUGGACUGCCUCUUGUCUCACGAAGUUCAUUAAAAAGAUGUUGCUACACAACGUCUACGACAACGAACUUAGCAUCAUUGUUUCGCUAUGUACUUGCUGUUUAAAAAUGGCAAAUGCUUCCGAUAGUUGUCGCUAAAGGUAGGUUAUUGUGUUCUGUACAGCUGUGCGUUUAUGAAUCGCAAUGUGAUGUUUUUGUUUGAACAAUUCAGUCGUCAUUAGAAUAUCGCGAAUGCCUGCGUCAGAUAGUGCUCAAGCAACUGCCUUAUUCUCAUUUGUUUUAUACCCCAUCUCCUGUUUAAACUUCCGGAACUCUCUGUACCUUUUCCAAAAAUUCGUGCGUAGGAGGGAGGAGGUGGGGGCGAGCAGGGGAGUCUAGUUCCAUCUUUGACAUAGAAACCAGCCGUGGUCCCGGGGAUCAUUUCAGAAAAAAGAGAAAUCGUACCGGCAUCAUACGCGGUGCGUUCACUGGUGCAUCAGGGGUGUGUACAGAAAUGAAACGGGAGGACAGUUGCUCUGCUUUGAAAAUUGAUGAGUUUGCCGAGAUGAUAAAGAACUAAGUAGUGACAAACGAAGAAGACAAACACUGAAGUGACACCAGUCAGCAGUCCCAUGUUGGUGAAAGAAGAUGAAAGAGCUUGAUGUGGGAAAGGACUACCUGCCAGUUAGCCCAGGUUACCGGGCUGUACCCAGCAGAGACACUUCAUCCAGCUCAGACACUGACCCAUACCAGCUCUCCAAGGUCCAGGAUGCCCUGGAGACCGCUGCUCGGGCGGAGGGGGGGCUGCCUUUGGAUGGGGGCGGGACCCCUCACAUGAAGGAGCUGGAGGAGGAGGCCGGCCGCAGCAAGUACCACCACAGCAUCAGCGUGCUGAAGCCGUUCCGCUCCACCAGCAAGCACCAGCACCCGGUGGACAAUGCUGGCCUCCUGUCCUUUAUGACCUUCAGUUGGCUGACGCCGCUGGCCCUCAAGGCCCACAAGAAGGGUCAGCUCUUCCUGGAGGACGUGUGGGCUGUGUCCGAGUGGGAGAGCUGCGAGACCAAUCGAAAGAGACUGGCGGGGCUGUGGGAGGAGGAGUGCGAGGCUCUGGGGGACCAGGCCUCCCUGCACCACGUGGUCUGGACCUUCUGCCGGACACGGCUGCUGCUGUCCAUCGUCUGCCUCAUGGUCACCCAGCUGGCUGGCUUCACUGGUCCAGCGCUUGUGGUAAAGAGGCUCCUGGACUACACGGAGCAGGUCAAACCGGACCUGUCCUACGGCAUGCUGCUGGUCCUGGGCCUGCUGGCCAGCGAGCUCAUCCGGUCCUGGUCCCUGGCGCUCACCUGGGCCCUCAACUACCGCACGGGCACACGCCUCCGCGGCGCCAUCCUCACCAUGGCCUUCCACAAGAUCCUGCGGCUCCGCAACAUCCGCGAAAAGUCUGUGGGGGAGCUGAUCAACAUGUGCUCGAGCGACGGGCAGCGGAUGUUCGAGGCGGCCGCAGUGGGCAGCCUGCUGGCGGGCGGGCCCCUCAUCGCCGUGCUGGGCAUGGGCUACAACCUGGCCAUCCUGGGCCCCACCUCGCUGCUGGGCUCUGCGGUCUUCAUCCUCUUCUACCCCGCCAUGAUGUUCAGCUCCAGGCUGACGGCCUACUUCAGGAGGAAGGGCGUGGCCGUGACCGACAUGCGGGUGCAGAAGAUGAACGAGAUCCUCAACUACAUCAAGUUCAUCAAGAUGUAUGCCUGGGUGAAGGCUUUCUCCCAGUCUGUGCGCAGAAUCCGUGAGGAGGAACGCACAAUCCUGGAGAAGACCGGGUAUUUCCAGAGCAUCACAGUGGGCGUGGCUCCCAUCGUCGUGGUGAUUGCCAGUGUGGCCACCUUCUCCACCCACAUGCUGCUGGGUUAUGACCUCACUGCCUCCCAGGCUUUCACCGUAGUAACUGUCUUCAAUGCCAUGACCUUUGCACUCAAAGUCACGCCCUUCUCAGUCAAGUCCUUGUCCGAGGCAUCGGUGUCCAUGGAGAGGUUCAAGAGUCUCUUUAUGAUGCCGGAGGUGGAAAUGAUCCGGCCACAGCCACAGAGCCCCCUAGUGGCCAUAGAGAUAAGCGGCGCCAGUCUGGCCUGGGAGACGGGUGGCCACAGUGCCCAGCCCACGCCCCGGGGCACGCCCUCCGUGGGCCUGGUCCAGAGGCACGGGCUGAGGAGGAGCUGGGCCGCCGCCCACGGGGCGAAGAGGGCAGAGCGAUCCGCCGUAGAGGAGCAGACCGGCCAGCUGCUGAUGGGGAGGGGGGCGGACGUCCCCUCCAGCCCCGAGGACGAGACCGCGCCCGUCCCCACCAUCAGCCAGCGACUGCAGAGGACCCUGCACUGCAUCAACCUCACUGUGCCUCAGGGAAAACUGGUUGGAAUCUGUGGUAGUGUGGGGAGUGGGAAGUCGUCUCUGAUCUCUGCCAUCCUGGGUCAGAUGACCCUUCUGGAGGGCUCUGUGAAAGUGAGCGGGGACUUCGCCUACGUGGCCCAACAGGCGUGGAUCCUCAACGCCUCUCUGCGGGACAACAUCCUGUUUGGGAAAGAGCAUGAGGAAGAGAGGUACCAGAUGGUUCUGAGUGCCUGCUGUCUGAGACCAGACCUGGCCAUCUUGCCCUGUGCUGACCUGACUGAGAUCGGGGAGCGCGGGGCCAACCUGAGUGGUGGGCAGCGGCAGCGCAUUAGCCUGGCCCGUGCCCUGUACAGCGACAGGAGCAUCUACGUCCUGGACGACCCGCUCAGUGCCCUCGACGCCCACGUGGGCAACCACAUCUUCAACAACGCCAUCAAGAAGCAGCUGCGCAGCAAGACCGUCAUCUUCGUCACUCACCAGCUGCAGUACCUUGUGGACUGCGAUGAGGUUAUUUUCAUGAGGGACGGCAGCAUUACAGAGCAGGGCAGCCAUGAGGACCUGAUGUCUCUUAACGGAGAUUACGCCGCCAUGUUCAACAACCUGCAGCUAGGAGAGGCUCCCUACAUUGAUGUGACCCACAGGAACUCUGGGAACUCCUUGAAGAAGCCUCCUGAGAAGACCAAGGCUGGAUCCAUAAAGAAGGACAAGCCUGCCAACAAAGACAAUGCAGGUCAGCUGAUGCAGGCGGAGGAGCGUGGGCAGGGCUCUGUCCCCUGGUCGGUGUACAGGGUGUAUAUCCAGGCUUUGGGCGGCGUGAUGGUCUUCCUCCUUAUCCUGUUGCUCUUCAUCCUCAAUGUCGGCAGUACCGCUUUCAGCAACUGGUGGCUCAGCUACUGGAUCAAGGAAGGAAGUGGGAACACCACAGUGUGGGUGGGGAACAGCUCCGUGUUGAGUGACAGCAUGCGGGACAACCCCCUGAUGCAGCACUACGCCGGCGUCUAUGCACUGUCCAUGGGCAUCAUGCUGCUGCUCAAAUUCGUCCGGGGAAUCGCCUUCGUCAAGGGAACACUACGGGCCUCUUCUCAGCUCCACGAGCAACUUUUCCGGAAGAUUCUGCGCAGCCCCAUGAAGUUUUUUGACACCACACCUACUGCCCGCAUACUCAACAGGUUCUCCAAGGACAUGGACGAAGUGGACACAAGGCUGCCUUUCCAAGCGGAGAUGUUCAUCCAGAACGUGAUUCUGGUCUUCUUCUGCCUGGGCGUGAUCGCCUGCAUCUUCCCGUGGUUCCUGGCGGCGGUGGGGCCCUUGGUGCUGCUCUUCACUCUGCUCCACGUGGUGUCACGCGUCUUCAUCCGCGAGCUCAAGCGGCUGGACAACAUCACGCAGUCGCCCUUCCUGUCCCACAUCACCUCCAGCAUCCAGGGCCUCACCACCAUCCACGCCUACGGCAAGGGGGACGAGUUCCUCUACAGAUACCAGGAGCUGCUGGAUCAGAACCAGGCCCCGUUCUACCUGUUCAGCUGCGCCAUGCGCUGGCUGGCGGUGCGUCUGGACGUGAUCAGCGUGGCCCUGAUCAGCAUCACGGCGCUCAUGAUCGUGCUGAUGCACGGCCAGAUCCCGCCCGCCUACGCCGGCCUCGCCAUCUCCUACGCCGUGCAGCUCACCGGUUUGUUCCAGUUCACUGUGCGUCUGGCAUCUGAGACUGAGGCCCGCUUCACGUCUGUGGAAAGAAUUCACCACUACAUCCAGUCUCUGGCCCUGGAGGCCCCUGCCAGAAUCAAGAACAAGACCCCCCCUCCAGACUGGCCCCAGGAGGGGGAGGUGGUGUUUGACGGCACGGAGAUGAGGUACCGGGAGAACCUGCCGCUGGUUCUGAAGAAGGUGUCCUUUACCAUCAGGCCCAAAGAGAAGAUCGGCAUCGUGGGCCGCACUGGAUCAGGGAAGUCCUCUCUGGGCGUGGUGCUCUUCCGCCUCGUGGAGCCCUGUGGCGGCUCCAUCAAAAUCGACGGCAUCAACAUCUGCGACAUUGGCCUGGCUGACCUGCGCAGCAAGCUGUCAAUCAUCCCGCAGGAGCCGGUGCUGUUCAGUGGAACCGUCAGAUCCAACCUGGACCCCUUCAACCAGUACGCUGAGGAGCUCAUCUGGGACGUCCUGGAGCGGACUCACAUGAAGGAGUGUGUGUCCCAGCUACCUCUGAAGCUGGAGUCAGAGGUGGUGGAGAAUGGGGAGAACUUCUCGGUUGGAGAGAGACAGCUGCUCUGCGUGGCCCGCGCACUGCUGAGACAGUGCAAGAUUCUGAUCCUGGAUGAGGCGACGGCCGCCAUGGACACGGAGACGGAUUCGCUGAUCCAGGAGACCAUCCGCGCCGCCUUCGAGGACUGCACCACCCUGACCAUCGCACACCGGCUGCAGACCGUGCUCAACUGCGACCGCAUCAUGGUGCUCGCCCAGGGACAGGUGGUGGAGUUUGACGAGCCGUCCAGACUGCUGGCCAAUGAGAACUCUAGAUUCUGCGCCAUGCUGGCGGCUGUGGAGAACAAGAUCUCAGUGAGGGGCUAAGGAGGCACGCGGGGCCGUGCGCGAGGCGGAAUCGCGCUCUGGAGAGGGAGGGGACCCCCCCCCAGCAGACACUGCCUCACCAUGCUUUGUCUAAGCCACGCCCCCUUCCUGCAGUCCUGCAGUUCACACUGCUGCCUGCUGGGGGUGUUAUGUUGAGCUCUGUUGGGACAGGGUCCUGAGCAGACACCUAGGGCUGUCCUAGGGAGGAGCCUGCUCAGAAAUCACUCUCAACCUAAUGGUCAGGAAACCACUGAUACUGUAACAAUGUUUUGAGUAAUAUUAAGAGAAGCUUUACAUGUGUAGCUAUAUUCAUUUAAACAGGUCUGUUUCAUAAUAUAUAUCCAUUUAUAUGUGUAUAUAUAAUAUACAUAUAUACCUAUAUUUACAGUGCAAAGGAUGUAUGCUAAGCUUAUUUUGUACUGACUGUUUGUACAACAUCGGUGUAUGACAUGUAUUAUGUAAUUUCACUUGUGGUUUGCUCUGUCACCAUAGUCUGACCUCCCAGUGUUUAGAAAAUUGGCGGUCUUCAGAACUCUGUAACUCUGUUGUCAGACGACUGAAGCCCUGGACCCAGGGUGGUCUGAUUGUCUGGUGCCCGGAAGGCGUGGCCUGGGUCAGGUUAGGCUGGCGCUGAGCGGGAGGGAGCUUCACUGAGCGUCCUCUCGAAGUGUCUCCGCUCCACGCUCUGAGACGAUGGUCUUCCCGUAUCACCCCAGCUAAGAGGCCUUGUGCGUUUACAGCCCGUUUCCUUUGACUUUGUUUGUUCCUUCCAUCAGUGUGUCUUUUUUUAACGUCCUGCUGAAAGAAUGGGUCGUUUUCUUGCUCCUCACCCCCUUGCACAGAGUGGCUCUGCAGCUGCUCAGCGGCUCCCUCUGCUGGCGGGAGAAUCUGUGACUGUCACAAGCUGUCUUUGAUCAGGGGGGACAGCUUGCAAUUCGAACUGCAAAAGAAUGAAGGUUGUCCUGCGUCUGUGCGCGCGUGUGUGUACAAUAUCAUGUGCGCAUGUGUACAGUAUCAGAACUGCACAGAUGUAAACUCCUGUACUUGAUGUGGGCUCUGACCAAACCCUGCAGUGUCGAUCAGGCCCAAAUUAGUACUGUAACGGCAAUGGCUUACCAACAGGCCUUUUUGAAUGUGUCUGCCUGUCUGUUAUUUUUAUUACUUUUUAUAGCCUUAGCAUGAUGUAAUUAUUGCCUUUUGAGAGGGGGUGAGAUAAAGAAGGAGAAGAAAAUCUACGAAAUAUGUUAAUAAAACUAUUUUAGGUUUA